AUGUCAAUGAUAAUUGCUCAAACACAUCUUCCCGGUAAUAAUUACACUGGUCCAGUUGGAGAUCCCGAUCGUAUUUUCAAAUAUAAAAGCAAAUUCGAAAAAGGCUACGUUGGAUUUUGGACCAACGAAAUAUUUAUCGUAGAUAAAGUAAACAGCACAUCACCUCCAACAUAUGAAUUAAUCGGUCAAGACAAAGAACAAAUCAUAGAUACUAAAAAACCUUAUUCAACAGCAUGGAUAAAUAAAGCAAAACCUUAUUUUGUGGAACAAAUUGGAGACACACUUCAAGGUGAUUUAGAUAUGAAUAAUUUUACCAUAACUAAUUUAAAGUUACCAGAAAAUGAUUAUGAUGCUGUUCACAAGAAAUAUUUAAUGGAUCAAUUAAAUUUAAUUGAAGUAAAUAAAGACCAUUUAAAAGAAAGAAUAGGCGAUGUGAAAAGAUACUUCAAACGACAAAUAAUAAUAAAGUUAUUGACUAAAUUACAACAAGAAGUAACAAGUUUAAAAAGUUUUAUUGAAGAACAAUUACUUAAUGUAGUAGAUAAAACUCAAUUACAAACUUUAAGUUCAUUAAUAUCUAAUUUAGAUGAUAAGAUUACAAAACAAAAAGUAGAUCUUAAACAACUAAUAGCCAACAUUAAUCCAAGUUUAAGUGAAGAUUAA